AUUGAUUGUUCGUCCACAGCUGUCAAACGUUGUUUACAAAUGAAGGCAACUUUGGUAAGUGUUUUGUUAAUUCGUUCUAGAUGCAAAAGAAACGUUCUCUCGGCAAUGAAAAGUGCUUAAACGGUUUCGUUGUAGAUUUAACAUGCUCCCAGUGUACAGUUACUUGGCUAUGCUUUUGAGCACACGGUGAGACAUUUUCGAAGAGAAAAUCCCGAAAUCCGCGACACGUCGACACACGCACCCCAAAACACGACACGUCAUUUGCCGGGAAAUCAAUCGACAACCUUUGGUGACAAAAAAGGACAAAUUGCAGCAGAUGUUCUGUUUGAAAAGCAGUUUCAAUCUAGCUAGAAGCAUCAAAAUCCAUCUCACUGAUCUACGCUUGUGAAGGAACCAAUAUCGCCAACAUGGGUCGUUCGGUGUUAUGCGAAUCGUUCGUGGAGGAUUAUUUACGGCAACUGAGCCGAAAGGCUGGCGUGUGCAUGGGGCUGCUCAUUGGACAACCGUCUGCUAAUGGAAAGGAUUACAUUGUCCACGCCAGUCGCAUCACGGGCCAGGACGAAGAGGAAAGCGAUGAAUCGCAAAAACUGAACGCGACAGUGGCCUCCCAACAGGCACUGGACGCGACGAGGAUGCUUCCGGGUGGAAUGUACGUGAUGGGGAUCUUUGUAAUCCACCCGAAGAAUGUGUUCCAAGAGCAGUCACUCCUUUCGUCGGUAAAGUUCAUUCUAAUGAGCAUGAAGGCAACGUUUGACGCUAAUCCGCUACUCAUGGGCACGUGCGAAGAGCUGGAGAAAAGUGAAAAGCUGGUGCUGUACUACUCGUCCAGCAGUAAAACACAGAUUUGCAAAACGGUUUCCCUGGCGGCGGAGAAUCCCGCCGUACUUCCGUGCGACUGGAAGUUUGUCGACCGUGCAUCAACCUGGCACAAGCUAAACGUUUACUUCGAGACGGACGAUGUGUAUCCGUUGAAGCAGAAGAGCGUCCAAGAACAGUACGACACGGAGGCCAAUCUGACGGAAUGUGCGAGAAAGCUGAAAGAUCAGCUAAUAGAUGCGAAAAUUCUUUUCGGUGGAGAACCGAAACCAGCCACCGCUACCGUGGAGUCUGUGCCCGCCAACGUUUACUUACCAACGUCUACAGAACUAUCUCCCAGCGAUGCAAAGAUAGAACAUUUCGAGGGCACGAUGAAAUUCGACGGCAUUGUUAGCUCACAGAUUUACAUCCACGCGCAGAGUACUUUCGGCGAAGCGGAACGGUUCAUCGUCGCCGACAUUGUGCGUUCGCUUAUGUCGCGCAUUCAAAUCCACUGUGAUUCACUGGUACAGACUGAAGACACGACGACGCAGGACAAGAUAACGCUGAACGAGCUGCCGCGCCGCAUCUAUUUCCCGGUGCGCACUCAGGGCGGCUUUCCGGUCCAGUUCAGCGAUUAUCUGUUCCCGGAGGAGAGCGUCGAAACGCCGGUCGGACGGAUAAGAGAAAUUCUCGACAUUGGAGUAGCCGUGCGGGAUUUAAACAGUAAGGUUGAGCUAGUGCCUGUUGUGAAGGAGGACGAACGACCGACCGAGGAGGAGGAGGUAUGGCGUCCCAAAAACAAGACAGAGGAUGAUUUCGACGGAAAGCUAAAUCUGCCCGUUGCCGGUGGGCUGGUAACGGUAAUCGUUUUGUUAAUUGCUUUGCUGGUUUACUAUUUAAUGAAAUAAAUUAAAGCAUUUAAGCGGAUUUUUUUUUCAUGAAAUCUACAUCGCUGA